AUCAAAUUAUGUGUUCAGUGCUUGGAUCUUAGCUAGCUAGUAGUAUUACUCCGAAUAUUAAAGUCAAGUAAAAAAUAUAUCCAAAAAUGGAUAUUCUAAACGAAUCUGUUGCUCUCGGCGUCGAUUUAAUUAUUUUAGGCAUCUGCGUACGCGAAUAUAUGUACAACAAGAGGGUUGCAGGACUAUUAAAGACUGCACCGCAAUACAACAUCGAUGGAGAUCUCAAAUCCAUUGUUGAACGGCAACAGACCAAAAGUAUACCAUAUGCGGUGAUCCGGGGUACUGUCACGCCCAUUGGCGUGCCCCUGCGCAGCUCGCUGGUUCCCAGUGUCAGCGGAGUGCUGCAGAUUGUGAAGCUCCACGAGCACCGGAUAUCCCGGGGCUUUUCCGGCUUGUGGAUGGAACAGUGCAAGCUUCUGCAUAAAUCUACCAACGAGAUGCCCUUCGAGUUGCGCAGUCAAGAGCAUGGCGUGGAGAUUGUGGAUGUCCUGAGCGCAGCUGUUCUUGAUGUGGACGUUGUCUACGACAGCUACGAGCCCUCUACACUCUCCGCCUUUGACCACAUCUUCGGAUUCUUCAGUGGCGUACGACAAAAAGGCAUCCAGACCACGGAGGAAGUUCUGCGCGAGGGCAGCUUCCUGACAGCCAUCGGAAAGCUAGAGCUGGAUGGAAACUCAUUGCGUAUGCAACCUUCACCGGAAGGAGGACUAUUUCUGACCACCGCCACAAAAUCUUCCCUCAUUAAGCGGUUUGAGGACGCCAAAUGGACAUGGAUAUUAAAGAUUGCUUUUUGUGGCGCCGUAUCAGCUUUCCUAAUCGGCCUCAUAGCAAGGAAAAUAUAUCGCAAGAAAAAGCAGCAGAAAGAGGAGGCAAGAAUACACAACCUCCUGGAAACAGAGCGUCGCGAACGCCGUAGCCGCAGUCGUCCCCUCACACUAUCCGAAGAUCAGCUAUGCGUUGUCUGCGUAACAAAUCCCAAAGAGAUAAUUUUACUGCCCUGUGGCCAUGUGUGUCUAUGCGAGGACUGCUCUCCCCACAUUGCCACUCACUGCCCCGUGUGUCGCGGCAAAAUCGUGUCAAGAUCCGCGGCCUUCAUCGCUUAGACAUACAGACAAAAAUCAGAAAUCACGUGUACCUAUGCAAUGUAAAGCAUAUAUUACAAAUUAUUAUAGUGUUGACAAAUUUUAA